AUGUAUUACAAGUGUUCAUCGUUGCUUAAAACAGUAGGAGAGAUGUUGUCUGCAACUCGCUUAGCAGCGAUCUUUUUACUCUUCCUGAAUUUUGUCGUGGGCGACCUGGAUGCAGGAAUUAUCCCCAAGUUAUGGGAGAAUCUUGAACUCCACAGAACGAUUGAUGUGAGCAGAUCGUACACUCAAGAACUGGUUGACAUUCGAAUCAAAAACAUUCACGAUGAACCAGUUCGUCAAUAUUACUUCGUGCUUCCAGAAGAAGUCUUUGAUGCAAUUUCUCUUUUCUCUUCAACGCUAAAAGGAGUUGACGCCUAUAUUGAGAGUGCUAUUAUGCCAGAACAAAAUUUUGUCGCCAAUGGGCGGACUAUCAAAGUAGGGGUUAUCGGCUUGCCAUCGCCAAUUGAACCAGGGCACGAAACUAGCAUUUUAUUGAACUUGGUGUACAACUCCAGGUAUCAGCCCUACCCUGGCCAUGUGGACUUAGGUGAGGAGCAGAAGUUGCUUUUACGCACCAACAGAUUCCCUAUCUCAGCUUAUAACACACAAAAGUACACGCUAGAGUUUCAGGGCUCCUCUUCAUUUGAAGAGCUUCAAUCCUUCAAUGGCGAAGAACAUGCUGGAAUGGUUGCAAACGGCAAAAUGGUCGUCGGGCCCUUCGAUUCGAUUAUGCCUUAUGAAGACUUCUCGCCUAUCGAAGUGGUUUUUGAGCAUAACACUCCGCUUCCUAGGGUCUCUCAUUUAAAAAGAGAUAUAUGGGUGUCGCACUGGGCCUCCUCUCUGCAAUUUGAAGAAUAUUACGAACUAAUUAAUGACGCCGCGUCUCUAAAAUCUGGCUUCUCUAGAGCUGACUACAUGAAAGGCCAACAUGCUUUAAAGAAGGGAGGACAUUUGACUGCGCUUGAGAUGAUUUUGCCUGACAGCUCUGAAGCUCAUUACUGCACCGAUCUGGUGGGCGCUGUGUCGACUUUCAAAGUUCUAAAGGAUCACUUUUUUUUGAAGCCCAGAUACCCUCUUUUCGGAAACUGGAAAUACAACUUCACAGUCGGAUGGACGAAUCAGCUUUCGCAGUUCCUCCACUCACAAGAAGACGGAUCUGACACUUAUAUCCUUUCCUUCCCUAUAUUGAAUGGGCCUGCUGAUACCGUGUAUGACAGCGUCUCAUUAUCCAUCUAUCUUCCCGAAGGUGCUGAAGUGCUAGACGUUUGGUGUCCACUCCCCGUCCAAAAAACUGAGGUCACCACUGAAAAGUCAUAUUUUGAUCUCAAUCAAGGACACACGAAGGUAAACAUUGAAUUAAAAAAUUUAAUUGACAGGAUUGCAGGAAGUGAAGCUUUUGUGAGGUACAAAGUUACAAGUACAACUUUUUACAAGAAACCCUUCUCGAUAGCGGUCUCCGUCUUUACUGCUUUAAUGGCCUACUUUUUCUUGAAGCAUAUUUCGUUGAUGAUAGAUAGUUAA